AUGUUAAGAAACAUACUGAAUAAAGAAAUACAAUUAUCAAACGAAUAUAUUCACAAAAGAUACUUUUCAGCCCUCAAUACAAGUAAUAUUACUAGUCCCUACUGUAGUAGGUGGAUCAAGAGGGUUGAAAGGCUGAAUAGGUUCAAGAAGCCUUAUAAGUCCUACAGCUACCUGGAUUCCAUACCGGAAACACAAUUUUAUACAGAGGAUGACUUUAAUAGCUUGUCAAUAUCUCCAAUAAAACCGAUUUGGAACACUAGAAGGUGUGGAGUUCUUGCAUAUAAAGUUGGAUGUAUGUCACUUUGGGAUGAUUGGGGAGUUCGACACGCAGUAACAGUGUGUCACGUGGAUAGGUGUGUGGUACUGGAGAGAAGGACCAUAGAGAAGCACGGGUACGAGGCGCUGCAACUCGGCCUGGGAUACAGAAACAUAAACCGGCAGACAAAGCCAAACAUAGGAAGAUUUAUUAAGCUCGGAACGGGCUCUAAGAACCACAUUGCUGAGUUCAAGUGCUCCAGCGACUGCCUUCUGCCAGAAGGACACUAUUUCAGCGUUAGGCACUUUACGCCCGGACAGUGGGUCUUUGUUUCGGGCUGGUCCAAAGCGAAGGGCUUCAAGGGAGCGAUGCGAAGGUGGCACUUCGGAGGACAAACGCAGAGCCACGGCACGGAGUGCAAGGCGCACAGCGCUCCAGGGUCAAUAUCGCAAGGCAAGUCGGUACACAUCGUGUGGAGAAACACGAAGAUGGGCGGACACGUAGGGCCGGACCCGCGAGUAACCAACUGCAGAGUGUUUAGAAUAGAGGCGCACCGCAACUUAAUAUUCCUAAAGGGAGCAGUGCCGGGGGAAAUAGGCAGCGUGGUAAAGAUUCGUGACGCACUGGGCAUAACUGCAAGGAAAAACAGGGGGUUGCACAUCCACUAUCCGACCUUCUUGCCAAUUCCGAACCAUCCGUACCCAGUCACAUUACAGGAGCCGAUAAAAGAAAGGGACCCGUUCUUGUUUACUGAGGAGCCAAUGCAGGACUAUAAAUCUAAAAAAUGA